AUGUCGCUCACAAAUUGCCGUUUCUACGAGGAAAAGUACCCCGAUGUCGACUCGCUCGUCAUGGUCAACGUCCGACAGGUCGCUGAGAUGGGCGCANUAGUGAGUCCAGCCUGCCAGCCAGCGUGCUCCGGCCAAACAACUGACGCCUGCGCUUCCAGUGUCAAGCUGCUCGAGUACGACAACAUUGACGGCAUGAUCUUGCUCAGCGAGUUGUCCAGAAGACGUAUCAGAUCCAUCCAGAAACUCAUCCGCGUCGGAAGAAACGAGGUCGUCGUUGUGCUGAGAGUCGACAAGGAGAAGGGUUACAUUGAUUUGUCCAAGCGCAGAGUCUCGCCCGAGGAUGUGCUCAAGUGCGAGGACCGCUACAACAAGGCCAAGAUGGUUCACUCUAUCAUGCGCCACGUCGCCGAGAAGACUUCGACACCCAUGGAGGACCUGUACAAGAGCAUUGGCUGGCCGCUGGACAAGAAGUACGGCUCGAAGAACUUACACAACACANGCAAGUCAGUUUGGGACGAGGUCGAGUUCGCCAACAACGUCAUCAAGGAGGAGCUCAUUUCAUACAUCGGCAAGCGCUUGACACCCCAGCCCACAAAGGUCCGUGCAGAUAUCGAAGUCACUUGCUUCGGUUACGAGGGAAUCGACGCCGUCAAGACCGCCCUGCGCCAGGCCGAAGCCCGCAACACCGAGGACACCCAGGUCAAGGUUAAGCUCGUUUCUCCCCCUCUUUACGUUCUCACCUCGCAAACUCUCGACAAGACCAUUGGUAUCACCGUCCUCGAAGAGGCCAUCCAGGAAGUCACCAAGACCAUCAUCGCAGCUGGCGGUACCUGCUCCGUCAAGAUGGCCCCCAAGGCCGUCACCGAGAACGACGAUGCCGAGCUCCAGGCCCUCAUGGACAAGCGCGAGCGCGAGAACCAGGAAGUCAGCGGCGACGAGGACGAGAGCGAAGAGGAUGGCAUUGUUGCCGUCGACGAGUAA